AUGAUGAUUAAGCCAUAUGUGAGACAAGGCGAGAGAGAGGAGGUCGUCAGCCCUCUCCAGUGGAUGGAUGGAGACGUGAGCUCACCUGAUGGAGAUGCGUCAGUGCCAUCGCACCGCUACAGAGCAGGUGGAGUGAACCAGCAGGCCCGGGAGAUGGGGAGUGAGGAUGCAGAGGAGGACGAGGAGGAUGAGGAAGAGGGGCAGGAGGACGAAAAUGAGUCCAAACGUCGAGGGCCCAAGAAAAAGCGGAUGACCAAGGCCCGGCAGGAGCGAUUCCGUGCGAGGCGAGUGAAGGCCAACGCGAGGGAGCGCUCACGCAUGCACGGCCUAAACGACGCACUGGAGAACCUGCGCAGCAUCAUGCCCUGUCACUCCAAAACACAGAAACUCUCCAAGAUCGAGACAUUGCGGCUGGCCCGCAACUACAUCUGCGCUCUGUCUGAGGCCCUGGAGGGGGGCCUCUCCACAGAGAGCAGGGCUUUCAUGGAGACGCUGUGUAAGGGGCUCUCACAGCCCACCACCAACCUGGUGGCCGGCUGCUUGCAGCUGGGACCAGCUUCUGCUGGUGGGGUGAGGCCUGAGGACAGACACAGAGUUCGGGCAGCACCCACCCCCAUCGGUGGCAUGGUGAGCUACUCCUCUCCAGGCCUGCCAAGUCCACCGUAUGGCACUUUUGACUCUGCUCACCUGCUUCACCUGAGGGCCAUGAAAGGGGGAGUGUAUGAGAACCACUCGCCAAAUGAGUAUAAUGCUGGCGGUGUGGGGACGCCUCCGUACGACGGCCCCCCGACACCACCUCUGAGCAUCAGCAGCAACCUGGUGCCCAAACAGGAGCCUUCACCCCACUACCCACCUCCACACCACUACUCCCCCUCCCCUGUGGACCAGGGCCUGUAUCAGACUCAGACCGGUUAUGACAUACACUUAGAGGGGCCGUAUGACUCCUACCAUCCACCGCACAUGCCCCCCCGACAGAUAGCCUCGGUCUACAGAGACUAA